AUGAUUAAAAAACAAAAAUAUAACAAAAAAUAUACUACUUCUAAACCUCCUUUAAGAAAUUUUGAAAGAAAUAAUUUAUUUGAAGAUGAGUCACAAGUCAUGAAUGUUGAAAUUACAGAAAAUAAAAGAAAAAGGAUUUCAAGUCAUACUAAUGUGAAGAAAAAAAAUGAAAAUGAAGAACCUAGUUUGAUGGACAGUGACAAUGGUGAUUCACGUUCAUGUUCUUGUAUAUCUAAAAAUAUUCAACCACAAAGUGAACAAGCAUCAAAUGCAUCAUCAAAUGAAUCAUCACCUUCAAUUAGAAGCUAUUUACCUGAAAAUUUUUAUGAUCAAUGCUCGCUAACAUCUACUCUUAUCAAUUUAGCACUAAGCAUGAUAAAUGCAGAUGGUCAAGAGUCUGUAAUUACACGAGGAAAGGUUGAUAGGUUUAACAUGCUUCUAGAAAGUGAUCUUGGAACACUUCAGAUGCACUUGAAAUGUCUUUUUUUUCGUACACGAGUGAUAAACAAGCAAAUUAUUGACAUGCUAAUGAGAUCCUUGUUUCCAGAUGUUCAACAUGCUGGGGCAUCAGAAUGUGCUGCAUUACAGAGAUGGGUUUUUGGAUGUUACCGAGAUUAUAAUGCAUCAUUAAGACAAGAAUGUUCACAAAAUACUGUUAGCCAAGCUUCACUAGUUUUAAUAAAUAGAGACGAUAGUAGUGAAAGUUUACAAGAAAAUUUUUCUGAUAAUGAAAGUUUACAAAAAAAUUUUUUCGAUAGCAAAAGUUUACAAGAAAAUUUUUCCAAUAAUGAAAGCUUACAAGGAAGUUUCUUUGAGAGAAGUCAACAUAAUGACUUCGAAUGCAAUUCUUCUGUAGUUUUAGAUACAUCUAGUGGCAGUGAUCAAUUGUCGAUUAUAGAAGAUAUUGGAUUACAAACAGAAGAAAACUUCAACGAAAUUAUAGUAGAUAGCAGAAUUGAUUUUUAG